CCAUCAUGCUAUGCAUUUAGAUACACAAAAUCUUGCUUCUUUAUUCAUCACAUCAAACUUUUUAUUGAGAAAAAAGGAACAUGCGAGGAAAAGUCUUACAAAUUCGAUGGAAACGUACGCCAUUAAACGACUUCAACGCUCAGUCAAGAGUUCUCUUAUAAAACCUUGCAUACAUAUUACAGAGGCAGAGGCAAAAUCUCAAAGUACAAUGAAGUUCUUGGGAGAGACAUUAGUGCAAGUUUCGUUGUUGGCUCUUCUAUAUGUUGCUGGUGGUUCUACGGCGGCGUGGCAACCAACUCUUGACUGCCAAACAAAAUGUGGCAACCUCACAAUCGAGUAUCCUUUUGGCACUUCUCCAGGUUGUUACCACGAUGAAAGCUUUCUCAUCACUUGUAACCAGACAGGGACAGAGCAAAAACCAUUCUUGAGAAAAGGCAACAUUGAAGUUAUCAACAUUUCUCUCAACGGGGAGCUACGCAUCUUGAUGAAUAGUUCCCGUGCUUGUUACAACAAGACGGGAACACUUAUCGACUAUCAAGACCAUCAUAUUCAACUCACUCAUUUUGCCCUCUCCAUCAAGAACAAGAUUACUGCCGUAGGCUGCGAUUCUUAUGUCUAUCUGAACAAUAUGGGAGUAAGAGAUUCCUCAACUGGAUGCUUGUCAGUUUGCAACUCCACUCCACCAAAUGAUGGAUUGUGUUCUGGUGAUGGUUGCUGCCAGACCCCUAUCCCUAUUGGAACUAGCUACUUCGCGGUAAAACCAUACAGCUUUAAUAAUCACACCGACGUAUUUCAAUUUAAUCCUUGCAGCUAUGCUUUUCUUGUUGAAGAUGGUUCUUUCAACUUCUCUGCCUCUAAAGAUCUUGUAAACUUGCGGAACACUACAAGAUUCCCUGUGGUAGUAGAUUGGUCCAUUGGUGACCGGAAAUGUGACCAAAUUGACAACAAUAAUAGCUCAUGCAGAGAGAACAGCAUUUGUGUCAAUUCUACUAGUGGAUCUGGUUAUACCUGCGAAUGUAAAAAGGGCUUUGAAGGGAAUCCUUAUCUUGGCUGCCAAGACAUCGAUGAGUGUAGCAAGGAUAAACAUACAUGUGCCAAGCAAGAAAUAUGUCACAACAAUAUUGGAUCUUUUCAUUGCAAGAAGAGACAAGAAUUGAGUAUAAUUGUUCUUGGAAGCAUCAUUGUAUUCUUGAUCUUCCUACUUGGUGUAUGUGGCCUAAAGCUAAAACUUGAAAGCCAAAAGCACACAAAACUUAGAGAGAAACACUUCGAGCGAAACGGUGGCAUCAUGUUAAGACAGCUACUCUCGGCAGACUCAUCAAAUGAAAUCAAGAUCUUCAUUGAGGAAGAAAUCAAGAUAGCAACAAAUGGUUAUCAUGAGAGCAGAAUGCUAGGCAAGGGAGGCCAAGGAAUAGUGUACAAAGGGAUAUUGUCAGACAACUCUGAAGUUGCCAUAAAAAAGUCUCUUCCACGAAUCGGUGAUCCAAGUAAUGCCGCUCAUCAACAAAUUGGUACUCAAGUAGCGGAGUUCAUCAACGAAGUGAUCAUCCUUUCACGAAUCACUGAUACAAAAGUAGUGAAGCUCAUUGGUUGCUGUCUAGAGACUGAAGUUCCCUUUCUGGUCUAUGAGUUUGUGUCCGGUGGCACCCUCUCAGACAACUUGCAUGGUUCUAAAUCUGGUUUUUUUCUUCAAUGGAAGGAUCGGUUGAGGAUAGCAACUGAGAUCGCUACAACUUUAGCAUCACUUCACUCAGCUCAAGUCCCAAUAAUUCACCGUGAUGUCAAGCCCACUAAUAUCUUAUUGGAUGAAGAACUCUCUGUAAAAGUAGCUGAUUUUGGGGCUUCCAGGUUGGUUCCAGCAAACAAAGAACAACUAACAACACUAGUACUAGGUACUUUCGGUUACCUGGAUCCAGAAUACAUGCACACAAGAACCUUCAGCGAAAAGAGUGAUGUUUAUAGCUUUAAGGUAGUCCUUAUGGAACUGGUUUCAGGUGAAAAGGCAUUGUGUUUUAACCGGCCACAGAACGAAAAAAACUUGGUUAUUCGCCUAAAUUCAGCUCUGAAAGAGAAUCGGUUAGAUGAAGUUAUCGACAAAACAAUGGUGAAUGGAGUGAAUCACAUGGAGAUUCAGAAAGCAGCCUUGUUGGCGGUUAGGUGCACAGCAGUGAAGGGAGAGGAGAGGCCAAAAAUGAAAGAAGUAGCUGCUGAACUUGAAGGUUUGGGAGCUCCGGCGACAAAAAGGUUUGUUCGAUCAGUAUCCGGAUUUUAAAUCGAAGGGAGUAAAUGACAUUUCCUUCAUGAAAGCUGGAGCAUCAAUCUAUCUACAUCUUGUGUUUUGGUUCUCUUCUUGUAUUUUUUUACUUGCUAUCGUUGGUUAUCUUCUUUGUGAUGCUUGAACUAUUAUGUUGCCAUGACCACUAAUUAACCUGCAAUAGAAUAUCAUCGAUUUGCUAGA